UUGUUGCGUUCAAUCGACUAUUUUUGGUUUCGGAUUACAUUUUCAGACGAUAACCGUAAUGGCGGAUAAAGUGGUCCAUAGAGAGAUGCGUGGCUUGCAGGUCCUGGAGAAAUUGUGUCGAAGUCAUUGUUUGUUCAGGCGUAGUUCAUUCUGUAAUGAUAAAAUGGCAUCUCGGGCCCCACACGUUACCAUAUUUGAUAUGUUUUUUUCUUUUCUACUCCUACCUAACAUUUGUUCAAACAUAUCUCGAAUCAUCAGCGAAUAAUAGUAGAGAAGCGUCAUGAUUGUCGUCAGCCGAGUGAUCAAUUCUCACAAGGUCCCUGUAUCCUUUCCUUUUAAGUAAUGUUAUACGAAUCAUAAAAUCUGCGUUAAAUCUAAUAAUACUACGGCAUAUUGUAACUCUACACACUUCCAGUUUAAAAAAAAAAAAACAUUCGAAUGCAUAGUAAUCAAAGGUGGUUGUCAUGAGAGACAGGAAUGACCAAGUUUUGUUUCAACGAAUUGUCGCAUGAACUGUCGUUUCUCACAGACGUAAUACCACAGAGGGUAAUUACAAUAUAAAUUUCGACGAGGGUAACGAGUUUGCGAACCGAGUCACGCCGAUAGGAAAGUACAACGUAUUAUCAGUGGAAAUGAGUUAAAAAUUGAAGGGUUGGCAACACUGUUCAAACAGGCCUCGACCCCGUUUAGGGAGGGGGAAACCCUGCUUCAACUAGUCCUGGAGCGCGCCUGAGCCCAGACUCUGCAAAGUACGAUCCACGCCAGCUCCGUCUCGGAUAGGCAAAGCCUCAAAAUCAAGAGUGGAUUUCCUCUUCGCAUUUCGGAUCUCCCCAGUCUCAGAGUCGAGCUGUCAUGGUUACUUUCGUUGAGUGCGGGAGACAGACGAUACAAGAAGGAGUGUAGCCGCGCACCUACAACCCUAGGAUCCGCAUAACCGUGAUCAACCGGACUCAAUCAGACUUACCGUGUGGCGUAUAAAGAUAUCGCUUGCUCGCCGAGCACUGUCGCCGAGGCUAACGGUUGGCGACGAUUCAGUCGCCAUCUACCAUAAUACGCUUGUCGCCCUAACAUCCGUCGGAAGCCAACAAACGCAUAAGUUUUUCGUCAAAAUGUGCUUCGAAAAUAACGCGAUCUCGUAGGAGUCGAUUGCCCUUGUGAUAGGUUAAAUAAUUGUGAUCUGGUACGUAUACAUGUGCCGGUAUAGAUACACGCGUACUAUGCAAUAAUUAUACCAUAAACCAGGGACACACCGAUCUAUAUGGGUCUCUGCAAAUAAUACCGACUCUACACCGUUAUAAAAAUUAUUUUAGGCACAGAAAUGGUGUAGUGGAGUGUUUUUUUUUCUCGGGUAUAGAGCUGUCUUGCUUAUGGUUGUACGGCGUGGCGUGGGCCAUUCUCUUUGACACAACACCUCUCUAGUAGUGCAGCGUACUAGUGAAUGACUGCCAGGAUAUAUUAUAUAUGCGAAGCUAUCUGAUGAUAUUAGAAAUGAAAAAAUGAGCAUAAAUAUGUGUAUACCUCGGUGAGUUGGAUGGAAAACUUGUGUAUGCACAUGCACAAAUAUAUAUAUAUAUAUACACACAUAUGUGUGUGUGUGUGUGCGUGCGUGCGUGCCUGCGUGUGUACAUAUAUGUAUAUGGAGCAGUUUUAACGUCCAGUGGAGCUCAUUGACCUCUUGCGUGAGUGUGACUCGCGUGUGCUAAAACAGUGGUACUCAAAUAACAAAUUAGUACCUCUGGAUCCAAACUGGCAAUGUGAAUUGCACAACGCUACAUAGAUCAUUUUAAACUCAAUUGGAUUAUGAAAACGUUGAGAAAAUCCGAAAAUACAAAAUAUUAAACGCCAAACAUUUCGGAGUCGGCGUGUACACUGAAAAGUACAAGAGUGAUUAAUCAUUGGGUGCUACGGAUUAAUUUUGUGAGGUUCCGGCGAAAUGUAAUUGUUUCAAUCAUCAAGUUAUUCGCAACAUGUCCAGUUUCUUCGCGUAAUUUUCUCUUGGUAGUAGAUUACCGCUAGGCUAAAUGCUCCUUGUCUGUGCUUCAUUUCCGUACGCACUGAAAAUGUCUGUUUUUGGUUGCGUAUGCGUUAUUCCGUGAUGUAUCGAUACAUGCGCACAACCUCGGGAAACGUUGAAAGCAACGAUGCGAAUCAGCAAACAAUCCGCCUGACUUUAAUUCAGUCUACCUUACAAAUGUCUGAUGUCCAGGAAUGCGUGGCGUUACAUCACACAAUUGCAGUAUGGACUAUAAGUAUUUUCUUUAUCUGAUCGCGUGUGAAAUAGUGAUCCUCUCAGCCUUUGCUUUUCUCAGCUUCAAUCAUUGCCUGAUCGACCGGAUCUGUUUUUCACGUUAUGAAAAUGGAAAUAUAAAGUACUUUUUGCUUAAUCUAUUUUGAAAAAAUUCUAAUUUAGUGAUGCGUAAAGCUAGUGCACUAUAUGUAAGCUUCAAACGGUUACGCGACUAAAGCGAUCCUUAUGAUAUAUCAACGGCGGUAAAUGGUAUAUUCGCAUUGAUAGUCUGCGAGACUAGGAAAGACACUGCGGUGGAUCUGAGAGCAGUGGUUUGUCAAAUGUUUCAAAAUUUAUUUUAUUACUUAUAUAAAAAAAAUAAAUUUGUUCUUCAAAGUUUCCGUGAAUUGUCCAGUUAGUCGAUCCAUAGACAUAUCAUCAGAUAGUUGUUGAUGGAAACCAUCGUGUAAGAGACUUGGUAAACUGUCGAAUAUGUUUUGAAUUCGAAACAAGUCACAUUUUUUGCACCCAUCCAACGUACGAGGUCGAACUGCGUUUGCCGUGUACAUAUUGCGCGGACGAGAUUGAUACUGUGUAGAUAGAAAAAGAUAAACAACUAGAUGUAAUGCGAUGCAGAAAACGAUAAAUGUAAUAUUAUACAUUCUGAUAUGAAUCAAUCUAUGCGAAUUCAAGAACCCACUGUACGUGUAUGUGUUUCACUUCCGGCAACAUCGGGAACACGUAGAUAACGGUCAAUACACAUAUAUGCCUCGGUACCACAUACCAUGAAUAUCUUUUGAAACGGUUUCGCUUUGUGUUACUCAAAGUGACUAUGUGUAUUAAAGUUUAGACCAUACUUGUACAUGACUAAUUUUGUUCACUGACGUGGCUCAUUCUAAUUGAAUCCAUACAAAGAAUGAAAGAAAAAAAAUCAAACUACUUGUUGAAGUACAGAGAACAGGACUCCACUCUUUGAGCAGCCACAGAAUUGAAAUAUUGUAUCUCGUAAUACAUAUUAUUUAGAGCUGUACAGUAUAUAUACAUAUUUGUAUCAAGCAUAUAGAUAUUCAUACGCCAGGAAACAAGUCCUUCUCAUUCACCGAGUCCUCAUGAAAUGAACCCUCCUCUAGCACAUAAGUUUUGCAUGUUGGUUGGAACGGUUGUACAACGCACCUGCUAUCUACUAGGUGACAGGGCUGCAUGUGCAUGCUUAAUAUAAACUAGAAAAGACAUAAAAAUUAAUUAACACAACGCCGCAGCAGGACCUACGCAAUGCUUCUUCAGUAUACUUUGAACAAUGUUUCGCCUACUUAAUAUUUUACUUUAAAUACGUGUACUUUUCACCCAAUUGAAAAUUUCUUUGCCAAAAUCCAUACUGUGAAUUCAACCCUGCAAAAUUGUCACUUGAUAAUUCAAUCAUUUGUAUGUAUAGAUAAUGACUAUAGAAUGGCAUGAAUAAUGAAGCACGAUCCAGUAGCCCUCAUCAAAAAACCAUCCUGCUCUAGCCGUUUCGACUACUUAACUGAUUGCUGCAGUUAAUUGACUAAGCAUAUACUCGGCAGUAUUGUUAAGGCGCCUGCUGCCACCUUUAUCGCUUCGUAGACCUGUCUUAUUUCAAAGAGUCGCGAUUCAAAAAAGGAUUACUUGGAUGAAUUGAAAACAACCAAAGUUCUGGAAUGAGCAUGUGAAAAGUCGGUGGUGUUAAUCGCGCCUAUUUGGCAUAGGACUGGUACUGCAAGAACAGUAUACUUAGGACAUUCAAUCCCCACUUCCCUUGAAGAUAACGUCGAAAGAAGACGUCCAAGAAUAUUGAUUAUAGAUGGAAACGAUAAACGAUUUAAUUGUGGACCUAGGUAAUCCAAACAACGAAGCCAUCAUGGACGCAUACGACAAGAAGUUUGCGGAGAUGCAAAAAUACAUUCCGUUCUUGGAGGCGAUGAUUGAGAGGCUCCAGAAGGUCAAGGAUAAGUCAAGGGAAGCCCAGUUGCAGAAGAUGCAAAGUCUACAUGGGAUCCUGUCCAACAGCAAAAGAAAGUUGAGGAUCGAAACUUUACAGAGAUGCGAGGAUGUCCUGCAGAAGCUACACAAUAAAGUAGAAAAGGGCAAUACGGCAGGCAUUAAUCCCCUGCACAAAAAAUCUGGAGAAAACUCUACGCAAAACGCAAGUUCAAAGGACACGGCUAAGACCAAGUUAGCUGAGCCUUCUCAAGAAAAAAUGUUGGAAAAUGAAACACCGGCAAGCCCCAGUCCAACUGGCAGCCCUGAACAUAUGCCAAAAUCGACUCCUAUUAUUAUACCCACCGAGCGAAGUGAUGAAGCAAGCGCCUGUAAAUGUGACAGUAAACCUGCCAGUCCCGAUCAAUGUGAAAACAUACCAGUAACAAUCCCAAUUAUCAUUCCCACUGAGCGUAAAGCCGAAUGUAAAAAUAACCAAAAUUCUACGAAUCACAAUUCAAAUAACUGCGGGUCGGAUAGCAAUGAUCCUUUCUCUGAGUGGGAUAUGCUCGAGGAGUCAGAGAAUCAAAUUAACAAAUCGCGUAGAAACACAUGGCAAUCUGUGAUUGCGCCAGGAACCGAUGUAGCUACUGCUGCGAAAUUAGUUUGCGAUAAUUUACCACAAAAAGUCAUUCCGGAGGGUAGACCCCAUGUACCAAUGGCGCCUCGCCAUAUACCGGCUAUACCUGCUCCUUCCUUGGGAGGAUUGCGGAGAAUUAUGCCAACUUUUGAUAAGAGUAGGCACGGUAGUACGAGCGCCGGUACGAUGCAUUCUGAUAGAAGGUCACAAUCCCCAGUAAAUGUACCAGAAGUUCGACUCAAGUCUCCCGAUCCAGAUAUAUUAUUCCCAAGACUAAAAAUUACAUCGCCGCGCCAAAAAGACUGUGUUAAUCAACCAAAGUUAAGCCCGAAACCUUCUACACCGUUACUGGUCUCACCGCCGUCGGUACUUACUGAACCACCGCUUUCUAUAGAGGAUCUAGCCGAAUUACUGUGCGAGGAAAGUGAUUGCGGAAAAAAAGAACAACAUAACAAAGAUAUUGCGGCUAACGAUGCAAAAUCCAAGACUUCAAAGAACUCUGGGAUAGAUGAUAUCGGUAAAACUAAAAUGGAAACGCUGGCAGGUAGAAAUCAAAGAAGAAAUCUGAAGGAAGGCAGCGAAGUAUCGAAAGUUCCGAAUAGUUUCGUGUUAACUCAAGAAGACAUCGACAGAGAAAGUGAAAGGAGAUGGGAAGAAAUAGAUAAACAUAUUGUUAAAUUAACUGCUCGAAGAUGCUUACCUCAUAAGCAUUCGAUUUCCUCGUCAAGUUCGAGACCCGAAACUUCCAAAGCUGGUGAUACCAAAGUAACACCUUCACCACCUAGAAUAUCACAGCCGCUAUUAUCUCCGAGCCUAUUGAGCGCAGAUAAACCUGUCGAUCAUAGGAAUCUUCCGCCAUCUCCGCUGCAAAAUACAAUGAUAGAGAAGGAAAAUGAAAAGGAACACCGCUAUGCGGAUAAUUACGAGCGACACCCGCGGCAAUUUAGAGAUUUGCAAGAAAGAGAAUGUGGAGAUGACGCUAAAGACAUGAAUGUAGUUUCUGGUAAUCUGUCUCGACCAACGGAGGAGCAAGUAGGAAACAUGACAUACCCAAAUCUUCGGAAUAAUAUGGACCCGGGCUCAAAGACUGACGAAAGCAUAAGGAAUGCACCGCUUUACCAGAGACGCAGUCAGUCAAAUGUUCUGUCCGCUGAUGCAGCAUGUACGCUUGGCAGGAAUGACGAGUACAGGCGAGAAAACGUCGACUACUUCAAUAGGAACACGGGAACAAUGACGAAAAGAAACCCGUUACUACCUUCACCCAUGGCCCCUGAGUUUACUAACUCUCCCCAAUGGGGUUCGGGGCCAAAUUACAGUGGAAAUAUUCGUCCCCCGCCCACACAAGCACCCUCCAACACUUACCAGCGCAACCAAAACAAUACAAAUUUCCAUCAAGAUAUGUGGCAAAUGGGGUCAAACUGUCCUCCAGGAAUGACCCCCGAUUUUCACCAAAUGAAUGACCCCGAAUCUAGAAUACCGCAGUUCAAUCCCCACCCGCCACCGAUCAGACCGAUGAUCAAUCCGGCAUCUCGACCGCAAGAAACAAACCGUGGUCUGCACGCCGAAGGCGGAUUCAGAGAAGAAACGCCCGGUCCAACGUCCGUGAUACCGCCCUUGCUUUCACCGUCCGCCUAUCCGACUGGGCCGCAAUAUCGGAAUACCAGAAUGGAGAACCGAUCCUAUGACGCGUCGUACGACAGGCCAUCGGACAUUUCUCAACCGCGACACACCUGGGACUCGUCAACGACCAGGGUUAGCGAUGUUGGAUACAGAAGGGACGGCGAUUCCGCUCGUGGCAGGUCCGGAAAUGACGGACCAGCCUGUAGACCAGGAACGCCCGCACCUUACACCAGGCCUGGCACUCCUUCGUCGCUUUGGAGUCGGGACAGAGAGCGGAAUGACAAUGACUGGAACCGGCGUGGACGAGGAAGGGAGCGUUACUACAACGACAGGGGUGGUAGAGGCGAUUCCAGAUGCGGGUUCAUACGCGAUUCUCGAAGAACAGAGUGGGAACGCGACGGCCAUAAUGAGAGGGAUAAUCGAGUUCGGUUGAACAGAGAUAACAGAGUUUCCGAAAGAGAUCCUCGCAUGCGAACCGAGCAGAAACCGCCGAGUCCAGUUAUACCCAAAGAGACUGUAGCGGCUACAACGGUUAGAGACCCUCGAUUGAUAAAAGACGCAUUCAAUGUAGUCGAUUCGGUCAAAGACGUCGUGGGAUCAUCCGGUGACAGAGAUCCGAGAAGACGUAUUUCUGAAACAAAGGGAAGCAGAAAGAGCAGCCCGAAUGGAAUACAACCGAGAGGAAAGGAGAAAAAUAAGAACCAGAAAUUAAUGGAAGCGAAAAAUCGCAGAGAAUCUGAAGCUGAAGAUAAGGAGAGCGAUAAAAUGUUGAAAGACAAGUUACACUCUCCACUUGAAUGUCUGUAUGGCGUUAUUGAUACUAAAGCUAAGACUGGACAAGGUUAUGGCCUCCAAAAGUUUAAAAUUCCGAAAAUCAAACGGCCCGAUCCUCCACCUCCUCCGCCAAAAAUUGAAACUGCCAUCAUUGAAGUAAAAGUAUCAGAGAUCAGUUCUUCUGUAAUGCACGAACAAUUACCUGUAACAAGUCAGCAAAAUGCUAAAGAUGAGAAGAAUGAAGGCGAUCAAAUUACGCGAAAGGCGAAAGAGGAAAGUGGAAGAACGGAUGAUGCGGCAAGCGCAUUGGCUGUACAUAUCUCGAAACCUGAACAACUGGACGAUAAUAAAGUUCACAAUGCUAUAAAUAACAAAGUUGUUUCGUCAAUUGGAGACGAUGUUCACGACGCUGUGGUUACUUCUACUCAAGUACAUCCCAUGAUCGAUUCUGUCCAACAAUUGGAUAGUAUUGACCCUCCAAAAGAAUCAGACACAUCUAAGCCGAAAGAAGAAGUAACCAAAGAAUGGAUCGAAGCUUUAAUUAGAAAAUCCUUUGAAUUUGGCCAGGGAAAACAACUUUUUGACCAAGCGAAAUUAUUACACAAACUAGGCGAAGCUCUUCAUUCAAAGAAAAUGAAAAAGAUUAAAAAAAUUAUCGAGUCAGACUCUGAAAGCAGUAGCUCAAGCACAGAAAAAGUCAUGGAAUCAAGAAAGUUGCAAGUAAGAAAGAAAAGGCGUGUAAUUUUUUCAGAUAGUUCGGACGAAGAAUCAUUAGCAGAUAGAUUAGGUUUGCUCAAAGAUACGUUGAAUGAACAGAAUACCAAUGAUCCAACAAAAAUUGCCGACAUUGAGCAGGAGAGCAAACUUAAUGCUAGCAGUCAAAAUGAUAAUGACACUGCAUCAGAAUCUAAACUCGAUAUUGUGGAGAAAUCGAAAAAUUCCGACGAAGAUGAGAAAGUUUCUAAUGCCACAACUGCAGUUGAAGAGUUGGCAAUUUCAACGCCAAAGAAAAAGAGAGGCUAUAAAAAACGAGGGAAAGGUUCAAAGAAAAAAGAAUCAGCUACCGAAAACCCUGUGGACAGCAAGCUGGCCGAAUCAUAUUUACCCAAAGACAAUCCGCAGCCACUUGACGAAAAUGAAAAAGUUAAGGAAAAGGUGCCGGCAAAAAUAAAGAAUAAGAGAAGAAAUUCGUUGGAAAUGUUACAGGAAGAUAUAAGAGAAAUGUUUAUAAGUGAAGGAGUUGUUACUGCAACUGGACAUCGAAUGUGCAGAUUGAUCAAAGAAGGGAACGGAAAUUUGAACUCAACUGUACCAACGCUUCCGAACAGUUCUAGCGACGCGGCCGAUAAGAAAACACGUAAAUCCGGUAGCAAACAUAUCAUUAAUUCCGAAACUGAUGAAACAGAUUUUGCGGACCAGUUAAAAGCAAAUGAUUUCGAUCAGAAUAAUCGUAACAAGUAUAAAGCUUCUAAAGCUUCGCAACCAGAAGCUACCAAAGGGUCGCAUCUCGGUUUACAAAAACGAACUUCCAAACGGGUUUCGAAAGUCAUUUCAAGGCAGUAUAUAGAGUCUUCGGAUAGCGAGGACGAUGAACCACUGAUAAACUCGUUAACGCCGUCCGAGAGUCUCAAGUCUCUCUAUAGUUCGCAAUCAGAGGCAACAACAGUAACAGAGCCAAGCGAAUCGCCGCAAAAGUCCGAAGCUUCGCAAUCUCUAGACGCGGAAAAGUUUGAGGAAUCGCGGGAAGUGAUGUUACGACGUAGCAAACGUAUCCCGAGAGUAGUAGUUGAAAAAACGGAACCCAGUAGAAUUGACUCUUCCAAGAUAAUGUUCGAAAGUUCUUCGGAUGAAAGUUUUGGCAUUGAUGUGUCCGACCUGGCUGCAGCCGUCGAUAUAUCCCUCCAUCCAGAACCUGAAUCUCGACCUGAACCCGAAGUAGUUGUAAGUCUAAGAGUAUCUAGAAGAAAAACUCGCAUGCAAACCACUGAAACGCACAAUCAAAGAUCUAAAAACGACAAGUCUGCCAAAACCACCGAAGAUAAAGUUGACGAUACAAUGUCGUUGACUGACGAAGGUAGCGUUCUGUCAGACAUCUCCAUGUCUGGUAGUAGCACACUCAGUAGAAGGAAUACCAAAAGUUCGAAUACCAAAAAUACAACCAAAGGUCAACAAGAUACAAAUGAAGAAUUGCUGAGUAACAUUUUGAUCGGGCUAACUGCUAAACCUGCUACAGAAAAAGUCACAGAGGAAAUUGAGAAAGAAAGUGAUGCAGAUGCGGAUGAAGAAUUGGAUGAAAGUAUUUGUGAUACUGAAGGAAUCAAAAAAGGUGUCACAAAGCGAAAAAAGAAAAAGUUCAACUGGCAAUUGGGUAUUCUAUCGAAGAAGAAAAGGAAAAAGAAGAAAACAUCCGCUUCAAUAUCUCCUGAAAUUCCAGCAUUAGAAGCUGAUCUGAAUGACAAAACUUUGAAUAUUGUUGAAUCUCUAGACGCGUCGCAAGAACCAGGAAACUCAAAUCUAUCUCGAAACAAUGAUACUUUGGAUAAUGAUGACGUUACCUUUCAACAAAGUGUGCCAGGCACAGACUCUGUCAACUCAAAUUCUGAAGUAAGAGGGUGUAAAAACAUGAACAUUCCAGAUAAAAAACAAAGCACAGACGAUGGUGAGCCAGCCGACAUUGAGCAUAUCACUGAUAAUGAAGUAUACAGUAUUGACCAAGUCAACACAUUUGAGGAUCUAAGCAGUUCGGAAGCUGAAAAGUUACUCGACCAUGCAUGGACAGGCCAAGAGAGGUAUAAGUGUAUGUUGUGCACAUUUACGGGUAAAAAUAUUGUUCAUCAUUAUAAAUUAAAUCAUCCUGAAGAUGAAGUUCUGAUUUCAAGACUCCCGCAAUCCGACGCAAAAGUAGCUAUUGAAGAAUCGAGUAACAGUGAUAUGAGAAGAGCUGGUCCAAAGUCGUGUAGCAAUGAAAAGUUCGAAUAUAAUUGUAGAUUCUGCCUUUUUUGUACAACAGAUACAAAGGAACUUGCAAAAGAAGCGUUUUAUGAACAUUGUACUGGUCAUACCGGAGAAUAUAGAUUUAAAUGUGUCAGCUGCCCAUACCAAACUGUUGCGAAAUCCUCUCUUAAAUCCCAUUACUAUAAGGUGUGUCGUAAAUUUGCGGACAAUGUUUCGGUGGCAAUCAUUGAAGAUAGUAUACCUGAGGAAGAUGCCGUAAACGGUUACAUUUGUUCGCUAUGCAAUUUUGUACAACUAAAGAAGUGCAACAUUGAAAAACAUUUACUCACAAAGCAUCGUUACAAUUCCACUGCGAAAAUCGUUGAAAUAAAUAUGUCAAAAAGAGUUAAUGCAGGAUCUAGUACCAAGAUUGACUCCACUAUAAUGCUCAAGGACAAUAUGGUGGGAAAUGAUAAUGUAUCGACUCCUGAAAAAAUUAGUGUGACAGUCACAGAAGUGUUAGACCAGACAGAUGAAAUUAUAGAAAUUAUUGAGAAUGCAACGGACAUACAACAAGUUCCGAUGACAGGUACUGACAGUCCACAAAAAAAAAUUUCCAUAGCCAAUGUGAAUACUGAAAUAAAAAUUACUGAAGAAAGCACUUGCUUGCAAGUACCAACUGAUGCUGAAAAUAGUGAAAAAGAAGUGGAUAACGCAGCAGGCAAGAAAGCAUUGGUUGUUGAAAAAAUUGGAAUCAAUGAAAGUAUGGAAACAGCAUUUGUUUUGCCACAGCAAGAAAACGAAACGUCAACUGUUGGUGGAAACUUGAGUGUCUUUGUAUGUCCGCCGGAAGUAGCAAUUAAAGAGCAUGAGAUUCAAUUACAAAGGAAAAAAAAGAUGCAGGAGAUCGUCGAAAAUAUUGGGAUUAAAGUCAACAAAGAUGGAAUAAAUAAAUCUCUGUCGAUAAUCGAUAAGCUGAAAGUCAAAAUGGAUACAAAUUCUCAAGUAGAUAAGGAACCGAAUGCAAUAGAGAGAAAUAGUCGUGAUCCACUUAUGAGUUUGCCAGACAAAUCCCAGCCGUGCUCGGACAUAAAUUUAUUUCAAUCAGAUGUGGAAGAAAAUCUUUGUGACAAAAAACCGUCCAAAUUGAAUAUAGAUGAAAAUUCCUUCAAUCAAAUAACGCUUGUACCUGAUUCAAAUUUGAACAUCUCGAUGAAUUGCGAAGAAGGUUUGAGCCUUCAAGAUAACUUGAAUGGUUCAAACAAUUCAGAAUCAAAGCCAAAAGAUCCACUGGUAUCCUUUGAUGAUACGUUGCCAGAUUUUGGUAGUGAUACGGAGACAAGUGACGUCGAAAUGACAAGUACAUUUGUACCUUUUGAGUCAGAUUCUAGCAACGAACAGUCAGAGAAUCAGAUAUCGCAAGAUGUCAACUCGUUACUGAAGGAAACUGCAACUGAUAAUAAUGCUUCCGCCAGAGGUCUCAUGGCUAUCACAAUUCAGAGACUUGCAGCUCAGCUACAGAGCGCAAAGACUGGUAUGUCUAGUCAAGCUACAGAUGAUGAGCAGAUGAACGUUGACCAGGUGAAUGAUGAAAAGAUCAUUCCGGAAGCACCUGAUGUUGUACCAUUAUCCCAUAUUAAAGAACUCUGGAAUAACCAGUUUACUAAGCCUAAAGAAGCCAAGCUCGAACCAUCAGAUGACUCGAGUCCACCAAAGACUUUGAUUAGGAUACGACGACUGAGCGGUGACAAACUUUCCGUGCCUUCAAAUCCAGUCGAGGCUCACGAAGAAAAUCAAUUAUCCAGCACUGAAGGCAGUGCUUCGGACUUGGGAGUGGAUGUUCUACAGACAGACACAGAAGAAGAAUGCUCGUUUUUACGAAUAGAAAAUGUUGUCAGUCUUGCUCCAACAGGGGAUGAUGCAGAGGAUGAAAGUUCUAUAAUCAGCGAUAUAAGAAAAGCUGUGGAAACGUCGCCCGUGAAACCCAGGAUAUCAAUAUUGAAAAAGAGCCCAAUUAUUCUACAGAAAGUGGGAAAUAGGUCUGUUUUAAAUCAACGGCUUAUGAACACCAUGAACAACACUGGGGAACCCUUAAAAAUAAUUCCACUGAAAAGUCUCCCAUCUACUUCUCAAACCUCGAACAAGCAAGUCGUAACCAAUAUUGUACCAGUACAAUCUACUUCAAAACUUCAAAACAACACGCACCUAAAGAAGUCAGUUUUUAUGCCAAAAAUUGUGAAAACAACUGGCACAGCCACAAUAGCCACACAAGUAAAACCAGCUGGAAGUGUUCAAGUCCCUGUGAAACCAAAUUACAAAAUAAUCAAGCUCACAAGAACAGCAACAUUGCUCAAGCACAAGGAAUGCGUGGCGCAAUCAAUUGCUAUAAAACUUAAAUCACCAGAAGCUUAUCAGUUGAUGUUGACGCCUGCGAAAUUGUGUCACAUGUUCAAGUGUAUGGCACGUGACUGUACUUAUACAACAAGCUCGUUAGAGUACUUCAAAAAGCAUUGCAACGAACACGAGAGUGUCUGUGUCAAAGAAAAAGCGAUUCGACCUUUCGGAUAUCAAAACUGCGCUUAUUGUUGUACAGUUUUAGAUGAUUGGGAUGCAAUGGAAGCGCAUUUGAUAAAUCGACAUGCGCACUGCCGGUAUCAAUGCAGAUUUUGCUUUUACAGAGCUGUAACUCAAUCUUAUGUAGAACUACAUCAGGCUGUCAGUCAUCCAAGUCAGGUUAUAACUGUGUUGCAAGGCAAGGCGAUUCACGAUAAAAUACCUGAUGAACGCAUGGAUCGUAGCGAAUGUGUAAAACCAUUUAUAUGCCAACAAGAAUGUUGGAAGAGUUUUUACAUUCCUGAGAAGUUUAUUUCACAUUUGAAAACAAAACAUGGUCCACUACUCUCGAUAUACAAAUGCCACUUGUGUGCUCAAACAAGUUUGAAACCAGAGCAGCUUGUGUCUCACUACAAAAUCCAUGGAAUAUACAAAUAUCAAUGCAUGUACUGUGUCAAUGGGUCUGACAUGUUGUGGGAGCUGCAUAAUCAUCUUAGCAACGUUCACUGUAAUCUACCACCACAUGUCAUUGAAAGAAACCUUAUGUCACAGGUAACAAAGGAACAAAAUGUGAUUGAUCAAUUGAUAGUAAAAAACGUGGAAGACGAUUUCAAGUAUACAGAUCUUGUAACCAACAUUGAAGAAAUCCCUGAAGAAUGUUGGCAACUGGCAAAACCUCAAUCUCAAAAUGAUGACCAAAGUACUUCAAAAAAUUCCAGCAGCACAUCGCCGACAGAGAUAUUCCUGAGCAGUUCGGACAGAGGAGUCAACAUAAGCUUAUUAAAGAGAAAUUUGUUUUCUCAAAUUUCUGAAAGUGGUGAGACCCAGAGUAACGCUACAGGAACACCAGCAAUGUCACGUUACACUAUACAGGACACCAAUGAGGAUGAAAGUCUUGACAAUAGGAUAUCUAUUCCCGAGGUAGAUGACCCGAACGAGUAUUGUAUACCGCUAAAUAUAGAACUUCUACCAGAUAAAUCACACAUUGACAAGUCAAUCAGCAAUUCGUCGUUAGGGCAAUCCCAGGAGCACAGGCUCAAAACUUGUUUAUCAUUUGAAUAUUCUGCCAAUAAUGACAGUGAUGGCUGUCCAGAUGUUGGUAACUCGCAAAAAUUAGUCGAAGAAUCUGAUUUGAGGAAAACAUUAUUAACUAUUGAGAAUGCAGCAGAUCCAUUGAGUUUAAACACACAUUCAAAUUCCCUCGAACAAUUAGUGAGAGAUAAGGGUGUCAAACGUUCUGACAGCUUGAAUAAUUUUGCGCAUGAUGGAUAUUCUGAUUCAUCGCCAAUAGCCAUAGAUUCAACUGAAAAGAAAGCAGAACCCUCAGACGAUAGCGAUAUAGAAAUAUUGGAAGACAACACGCAGACUGUAACAAAAUCCAGCAAACCUGAAGUUAAAACGACUGAAAAUGCUAAAACGCAUUCUCAGAUAUCAACAAGUACCGCAACAACCAGUGAUAAAACUGAGGAAACACAAUCUGUUAUGGAAAGUAAUAGCAGCGAUACAAAUCUGAACAUUACUCCGAAUACUAACUUGGAAACAACUUCCAACGCAGUUAGGCAGCUGCUUACUUUAGAUGAUAUAAAAGAUACAGGGUUCACCGGCAGCGACUUGUACAAAUGUGGAAACUACAAUUGUAGCUUCAAUUCGGAUACACCAGAGCUGUUAAAAUGCCACCUAUCAAAUUGCACAGCCGACAAUGACAUUAAAUCCCUAAUUUGUGCGCACUGCAAGAAACGUUUUGUUAAAGUGGGAUUUUUGCUGGAACAUUUGAAGACACACAGCCUCAAACGCUUUGGAUGCUCAUUGUGUUCAAUGAGAUGCACAAUGCCGUAUCAAGCUAUGUCUCACAUGAAGUCUAAACAUAAAUUCGCUUCUAACAAAUUAGUGCCUGCAGACCCCAAGAACCCAUCAACCGAUGGCCUCUUUGUUGUCCAACCAAUAGGUGGAGCAACAGAGAAAGGAAGGGGGAAAAAACGAACACCCACAAAAGUGUCAGAUAAGGAAAACGAGAAAUCCAUAGAUGUUGAAAAGCUAUCCUUUAAUCCUGAUGAAAUCGAGUCCCUGCCACGCCAAGCUAUUUAUAAUCGAGAAGUGAUGUGCGCAGUUUGUCCAUAUAGAACUAAAGUAAGAACAAACAUGAUUCGACACCUGCAACUUCAUGCUAAGGAUGAAAGUGUACCUGAAUCUGGUCCUGUGAAUCCAGUACCAUGUUUGGAUAAAAAGGAAAGAAUGUUUGAUAAGAUGGUCAACUUGGCUAGCAGUUCGCAUCAGAAUGGGCGAAUGGGCAGCAAAUCGCGCGACGUGAACAAAGAGAAUACCGAUGAUGCAUCUUUGCCUCAGUUUGUACCAGAACACAAAAGAUAUGUGUGCGGCGUUGCCGAAUGCAAUUACCUGACAGUUGACGACACGAUGUUACGCUGUCAUCUAAAAGCCCUACAUUCAGACGAACCAUAUUUCCGCUGCCCUCACUGCUCGUCACCCCAGCCAGGACAAGAGACCCAAAACAUAGGGAUAGACAAGAUGGGGAUUCACUUGAAAAUGCACGACACUAGAUUAUAUAAAUGCUCUCAUUGUAAUCACCACCAUUAUCACAGGCACGUUGUGGAGAGACAUCUUUCAGACAAGCACGGGGAUAAACGGCCGUUUGUGAAAGUAAUCAGAGAACCGGAAAGCGUUGAAACUACUCAGAACGUACAAGAUGAAGUGGAAGAUGAAGGUCCGGAUCGUGAUGGUAAUCACUGGAAGUGCAACUUGUGCGAUUAUAAGUGCAUAUAUAAAAAUGAAAUGAUUUCACAUGCGUCGACAGAACAUGAAGAACGGUCUCAGUUUAAGUGCGGCGAGUGCAGUUACAAGACAACUGGGAAAAUUAAUAUUGAACAACACUUUGUUUCGAGACACCCCGAGGAGCCUCAAAUAAAAUAUGAUAUGAUCUACCAAAAACUUAAAGGUGGUCUGAAAAAAAUCGGGGAGAUGACAGAUCAAGGCACAAAUGACGAACCAUUUGACACAACGCCUCUGUGGAGGCGCGACAUGCCCAGAAUAAGACACAUUCGGGGUAUCCUUCUAGAGGACGAAGAAGCUGCAGCUGCGACUGAUUCUCCUGUCAAAAGCGCCAAGCGCAAGAGUGAAGGAAGUGAUAUUAUAGGCAAACAGGCAAAGUUUAAACCCAGUAAAUCGACUGCCAGUGAAAUAGGGAAAUCUAGUGAUGAAAAAGUUAAAAUAAUAACAGCCAAAACCACUGAAAUGAAGAAAGGAACUGAACCAAAUAGCCCAAUUAACGAACGAGUGAGCAAGAUUCGUGCUGUUGACAAAUUACGAUUGUUAGAUAAAACUGAAGAUGAUAAACUACCCGAGAGCUUGGAAAAUCCGGUGACUGACACUAGCAUUUCAGAAGACUUUAGCGAAUUGAGCGACUCUGAAAUGGGCCAGUUUGGCCCUUACGGAAAACCAAAUGGUACCUUGUACGUGUGCACACUCUGCAACUAUUUUGAGACGAGGUAUAAGCAUGAUUUAAGGGAUCAUCUCUACCGAGAAUUGAAGUACAAAAAAUGGCAUUGCAGAGCUUGUGGUUUUUUGUCUGUAAAUCGUCACACGCUAGUCAAACAUUUUACUAAACAACAUCCUGGCGAAGAGCCAGACCAUGAAAUGCUUACCCCUGAUAAUUCAAUUGAGGAGUGGGUAACAACUCUAUUGCAAAGACAAACAAGUAUUAUUAAAGGAAUAACGAAAAAAUCUAGUUCAAAAGCAAAAGUCGAUAAACUUACUCCAUCUGGGCCUUCUCAAGUAUCUAGACAGUUCAAGAAGUCAGCGAAAGAAAUUAACCCCUCUGUACAAACAGUAAUAAAAGCAACUGAUGAUACUUCGAAAACUUUUGACUUGACACAUGCUAUUAGUAAAUUGCAAGAUAGUUCCAUUGAUGCCAAUAUGGAGGCAGAUGUCGACGAUGAGGACAGUAGAGAUAAUAACGAUCUUGUCAUUGAUCUGAAAGAUGAUAAUUUAGAAGAAGCUGAAGUACAAAAGGAAAAAACAACAUCUACCAAAUCUCGAGAUAGCAAAGACGGAGAAAAAACUCUAUUAUGCAAACAUUGUAACAUGAGGUUUGCCAGGCUACGAGGAUUCAAACUGCAUGUACAAGUGGCUCAUCUGAAACGUCUGGAUUUCCUUUGUCCAUAUUGCGAUAGAAGUACCAAUUCUGAAGUGUUGAUGCGCCAACACAUUACUGCCAAGCAUCCUGAUUUACCGGUCAAAAUUAUUCAUAAUCCUGCAGCUGGGGGUCCCGAAUUAACUAAAGAGUUUUGGGAAAAGGAAUAUGGUUUGGUUUGUUCCGGCAAAACGAAAAAACGCAAACGUCAAUCAAGUGCAGCCGAUCUGAAUAAAUUAAAGGAUGAUACAGAUAGAACCGCUUGUCGCGAUGUAUGCGAUUUGUGUGGUUUCAGUGCACUGAAUUUGACAGGUUUUAAAGCGCACAUGCGCAUGCACGCAAAUAAGAGUACUAUAAAAUGUGGCCAUUGUGCAUUUAGCGGAUCUGCUGAUACCGACGUUUGGCAGCAUUGGAAAGUCAGCCACCCGCAUGCACCAUUUAAAGUUGAAGAACUCUCAACGGCUGGUCCAUCCAAUCGAAGCCCGGUACUGAGUGAGGAAAAAAAGAGUAGGAUCGAAGAAUACAGUGAUGAUGUUGAAGAAGAACAAGUUCCUUUAGCUGGCGAUACAUCGGAAAAACUUAUCUUUUGCUGCUUUUAUUGUAGCUUGCAUAGUAGUUCACUAGAUACUGUUAGAAGUCACUGGAAAAUGAUACAUAAGGAACGAAAAGAUGAAAAUGAUCCUUCAAAAUGGAAAACUGGUUUACCAUUCAAGUACAAAACGAUGUGCAUGCCACUGCAGAGCUCAACUCAAAAUCUUCUACAAUGCAGCUAUUGUGACAAGAAGGGAGUCAAAGCAACACUGAGAGUCCACAUACGUCGGAAGCACAGUCAUCUACCGCCCCGGUUUAUCAAACUAGAUGACAUGGCAGAGCAAGGUUGGACUUGCCAGUGGUGCAAUGAAUUUUGCGAAACAGAGGAAAAAAUGAAUCAUCACCAAGACAUGUUCCACUCGCAUUUGCCUUUGCAUUUUAAGAAACAAGAAUGCGAAGAGCAACACAGGGGAUACAGUUGCCCCGAGUGCUCCUUCACCUCCGUAUCCAUUGGGGGUAUGCAAAAGCACGUCGUGAAGCAUGUGAACUUUUUAACGUGUAAAUAUUGCAACGCAGCGUUUGCCAGCCAAAAUCUGGUAGCAGCGCACAACGCUGAGUUUCAUCCAGGAUUGGAAUUGAAAAUAGACAGUAUAUCCAACUACGAUUCACUCGUUACGAGCAUGAUGUCCAAAGUUAAAUGGAGUAAGCCCAAGCAGUGGGUCAUGAGUACGACUAUGACCGGAGAAACGAAAGUCGGAACUGAGCCUAAGAAGCAUGCUGUUGCUAAGAAGUCAACAGCAAAGCCACCAUCACGUGUUCAAUUUUCGCCUAACAAAAUGCGAUGCGUUGCGCGAAAAUCUACUAAAACGUUAACAAGGCAUUCAUCAAGCUUUCUGGUCAAUUCUAGCAGAGACCAUUUAGGAGCAAGCUCUCCGAACAGUGAUAGAAAUCCAAUGAGAAGUCCUGCUGGAUUUUCUUACUAUCACGUCACCAGCCCACCGAUCAGCUUGGCUAGUCUGAGUACAUAUAUGUCAGUAGGUGGACAUCAGAUGAAGGUAAACUGUGCGACACUUGGUCAGUUGAUGAACAUAAAUCCCAGAGUAAUGGUGAAAGAUCUUAGGCAAGAUCUUAAAAGUUCAGCGCUAUUUUCAAAUCGUACAUAAAAGAGUUUUUGUCCAGUAACGAUUACACAGUCUGAUACAUGUCAAGGAUCCAUUGAUACAACAAAUCAUGGUUAUAUUUUUCUGAAUCAUUAUAGUUUUUCACGUACACAUUACUUUUCUUUAGUACAAAAUCCUCAACAAGAUCAUCAAUCUCAAUGUCUAAUAGCAGGAACUAUCGCAGCUUGCAUGUUCUUUUUAUUUUGUAUAAUAGUGAAUUUAUGUUGUGGCAGCAUUUCCCAUGAAAUAUUAUUAUUCCCAUUAAGUGUAUAUCCACAUUCAGUAUUUCCAUAUCACCAAAUGACUAUUGUCAAGCAUUUAUGCAUAUAAAAUGUCGGUUUGUACGAUAAACAACGAUAACUAACUAAUGAAUCAUUUUAUGUGCAGUGAACAAAGUCUUGCAGUGAAAAAGUUAUAUAUGACAUGAUUUAUGCACCGUAUCAUGCUUGAUUUAACUUUAUUAUUAUGAAGAAAUUCAUGAAAAAAGUUCAGUGGGACAAAUUAUUAAUGUAACUAUAUACAUAAGCAAAUCUCUAAAUUUGGUUUCAUUAUUGAACUUUGAGGUUUCUUGGCAAUUAAAUUGCCAAUCUUCUAAAGCUACUCCGAGAAACUUAUUGACGACUUGCAGUUCUAGUAGGCAAUUAAAUACAAUCACGACUUGUGUAUUGAAAAAAAAGCUUUUAAGUUUUACGUAGUAUCUAAAACUAAUUAAAUGCGAUAUGCACAGCUUUGUUUCAUCCAUGAAACUACAAGUUCAUGUCAUUGCAUACAAUGUCGAUAUAUCGUUGAAGUUUCAUUUUAAUUCAAAUUUAGUUUUUGCCACUUAAUAUUCCUGAUAUUUCAUUUUUACAUGAAUUUUCCUCUUUUUUUUUUCAUUCAUAUGGAGCAGGAGAUUAGGGGAUAGUUGGUUUUUGAAAGACAAGACUGAGAAGUGUCCGGAAGCUUAGAACUAGGCUUAGACCUUAGGAACUGUAUAUACACUGUACCAUAAAAACGUGAAUAAAUAUUUUUGAUUUUUAUAA